AAACAACACGCCCCAUGCAGAAUGACUGCUUGCGGAAGACGGAUUCUGUGAUGCGGACAACUUUACAACUUAUUUAUUUUUAGCGCCCUCUACUAGGCUAUAAGUUAUACGAUUGACGUAUUUUUCUUGGUGGUCCAGUUUGCAUUCUCGAUCUCUGAUACGGUACUCGUUGGUCUGAAAUUAAUUGUUUACGUCUGGCCGCCUCGGGUCGUCCGCUAUUGCUAAUAUAGAAAAUUUUCUGUUCGUUAUAAACAAGUGGUAUUAUUUGUAAAAUCUUCAUUUUAUGUAGCGUCCAUGUCGGGAAAACAAAGAUCAAAAGCUAAUUUAAUUCACGAGAGUUACAACCUUACAUAGGCUGUAAGAAGCAUCAAGAUGUCUCAGGGUGGUGGUCCUACUUCAUCAAAGGAGAAGAGUGAUGCCAGUCUUGACCUUCAGGUUGAGGAAUUAUUAAAACCACCUGAAAAGCUUCCUCUAACAAGCAGCCCCUUGGAUGGGGAACCUGAGAAUCACUUCCCUCAAUUUGGAGAAAAGGAUUAUGAAAGUCAUAGAAGUGACAAUGUCUUGGUUCAUCAUCAGCUGGAACCAUUACCAAAGAGAGGUUCUUCAAGGAGUUUAAGAGAGAGUGAUGCCCAGCAGCAGAAGAUACGCACUAGUCAGUCUAGUAAGAGCAUUGCUGAUGCUACAGAGGAACUCAUUACAAGUAUUGCUGAAGAGAAUGUCACUGAUAGUGUUGAUGGGGGAGAGAAAAGUGCACCAAAGUUUAUAAUUGGAGAAGAAGAUGGAACUGAACCAUUUGUCCAGUCUGAAAGUCAAUCAGAUGAAAAGAAUCUUCAUACUGAUGCUAAUGCUAAGCUCAAUGAAAAGCCUGGAUCCCACAAGCACCAUCGUCACCACCACCACUCUCAUAGCAAGAAGCAACGUAACUUGUCUGUGGACCCCAAUGAACGUCUACGACAGGGUAGUGAUGUUAAUCUUAAGAUGCAUGAUAUAUCUAUCAAGAUUGGUGGUGAUGAUGAUGAUGAUGAUGAGGAAGAAGGAGAGAUGAAUCCAUCCAUCAGAGAGACCAUGGCUGUCCAUCGUCUUGGUGAUAUGUCUGGAGGAGGACGCCAUCACCAUUCCUCUCACAGGCACAGUGUCAGCUCCUUUGUCCAUGUGCGUGGUAGGAGAAAUUCGGGGGAGAAGAAGAAGAAAAAUUCACCAAGAAAGAAAGAGUUUGAUCACAGGCCUCAUGAGGUCUUUGUUGAAUUGGAUGAGUUGUACAAAGAGGAAGGUCAUGAGAUGCAAUGGAAGGAGAAAGCUCGUUGGAUCAAGUAUGAGGAAGAUGUAGAAGAAGGUGCACAGCGCUGGGGUAAACCUCACGUUGCUUCUCUAUCCUUUCACAGCCUGGUAGAGCUAAGACAAUACUUAGAACAUGCCACUGCCUUGUUUGAUUUGGAAGAGACUAAUCUCUCAACAAUCUUUCAUCGCAUCGUUGACACCAUGAUCAACGCUGGUCAGAUCAAAGAAGAGAAUAGAGGAGAUAUCAUGAGAGCACUCUUACUCAAACACAAGCACGUGAAUGAUGGUGGCAACCACAAUAUUCUACGCAACUUCUCUACCAUCUCCCUUGGUUCCAUGGAUGACAAGAAGGGUGAAAGGCAUGAGAAACAUCAUCACCACUCUGGUAUCUUUAAGAACCUGUCUUCAAUCAGCCUUACUGGACAUGGUCAAACAAAGCCGGAAUCUGAAGUACGUAUUCCUAUGAUCAGCAUUGAUGGCAAACCUAAUACAAACGGCACGCCUAAUGACAACCAGAAUGCAUCGUCCGGUGGAUUUAACACCACACCCUCUUCAACCUCUCUCAUGAAACUCGCCCAUAAACUGGACAACAAGAAGAUUGAAGGCAUCAUGCGAAAGAUCCCACAGGAUGCAGAAGUAACCUCUGCUUUGGUAGGUGAGGUUGACUUCCUCCAGACCCCAGCUGUCUCAUUUGUACGUCUUGCAGAAGGUGCUAUCCUAGAUAACUUCUCUGAAGUACCCAUCCCUGUCAGGUUCCUCUUUGUCAUGCUGGUACCAACCGAUUCUGACAUCAACUACCAUGAACUUGGAAGAUCUUUCUCCACGCUCAUGUCCAAUGAUCACUUCCAUGAGACUGCAUACCGUGCUGAAUCAAUGAGGGAUCUUCUGACAGCCAUGAACACUUUCAUUGAUCACACCAUUGUACUACCACCCGGUGACUGGGAUAGGGAACUUCUUCUUCCAGUACUACGAAUGCAGAAUGAGAAGAUGAAGAAGUUGAGAGCUGAAUCAAUGGAAGAUGAGUUUGAUGGGGAUUUGACGGUCACUGAUAUCACUUCCAAGAAACGUUACCCAAGGUUCCCUGAUCCUCUAAAGAGGACAGGUAAGAUCUUUGGAGGUUUGAUCAAUGAUGUCAGACGUCGUUACCCUCACUAUUGGUCUGAUAUCAAGGAUGCAUUCAACUUUCAGUGUAUCGCUGCUUUCUUCUUCAUAUUCUUUGCUGCCCUUUCUCCAGCCAUCACUUUUGGUGGCUUGUUAGCUGACAAGACAGAGAACUGGGUUGGUGUAUCAGAGACCAUCAUUGCCACAGCACUCAAUGGAUGUAUCUUUGCAUUGUUCUCUGCUCAGCCAUUGACUAUCGUGGGUGUGACUGGGCCUAUUCUUGUCUUUGAAGAAAACCUGUAUUCGUUCUGUAGUGACCGCAACAUUGAGUACCUACCGUUCCGUGUUUGGGUCGGUAUCUGGCUCUUUGUCAUCAUCACUGUCAUGGUUGCAUUUGAAGGGAGUGUUCUGGUUCAAUACUUUACACGCUUUACUGAAGAGAUCUUUGCGUUCCUCAUUGGUCUCAUCUUUAUCUAUGAAGUGUUUGCCAAGCUGUAUAAGAUCUUCAAUGCCCAUCCUCUCCUUGAAGACUACUGUCUUAUCCCUGGUACUGAUGGAUUCAUGAACUAUACAGAGGUCUGGACCAAUUCCUAUACAGAAUACACCAAUGAGAAUGGAACUGUCAUCUAUAAUCUUUCUGCUCCUGGCAACAUGACAGUUAUGGGUGAUUGUUCUUCAAGCAAGAAGGUGAUAGAGGGUCAACCAAACACUGCUCUCCUUUCUACCAUUCUAACCCUUGGAACUUUCUUCUUAGCUUUCUUCCUUCGUAAAUUCAGACAGGGACGUUUUCUCGGGAGGAGUGCAAGAAAAAUGAUUGGUGACUUUGGAAUUCCCAUUUCUAUCCUGGUCUUUGUGAUGGUUGACUUCUUCGUCAAGCCUACAUACACACAGAAACUUGAUGUUCCUGAUGGUCUGAAGCCAUCUGAUGUCUGCAAACGUGGUUGGUUUGUUAACCCUCUUGGUAUCGACAAACCUCUUGGUAUCGGUCUCAUGUUUGCUGCUUGCAUCCCCGCUCUUCUUGCUUUCAUCCUCAUGUACAUGGAAACACUCAUCACUGGACUGAUCAUUAAUAAGAAGGAUAACAAGAUGAAGAAGGGUUCUGGAUAUCAUUUAGACACCUUCCUCAUUGGUUGCAUGGCUGUUUGGAAUGGUCUGCUAGGAUUACCUCUGGUAUGGGCUGCUACUGUCAGGUCAGUCACCCACAUUGGUGCUCUCUCUGUCUUCAGCAAGUCACAUGCUCCAGGAGAAAAACCAAAACUUAUCAAAGUCCUGGAACAGAGGCUCACCGCUCUAUUCAUCCACAUUGUUAUUGGUGCAUCCAUUGCCAUCUCUCCCCUCCUUCGUAAAGUUCCUCUUGCUGUUCUCUUUGGUGUAUUCCUCUACAUGGGUGUUACAUCACUCAAUGGUAUCCAGAUGGUUGAGAGAGCCAGUCUUCUAUUCAUGCCUGUCAAACAUCAUCCAGAUACACGCUAUGUUAGGGAGGUUCGUACAUGGAGGAUGCAUGUCUUUACUAUCAUCCAGCUAUCAUGUCUAGCUAUCCUUUGGAUCAUCAAACUCACCCCAGCUGCCCUUGCUUUCUCAUUCUUCCUCAUCCUCCUUGUUCCUAUCCGUAGUCAGUUGAAGAGGAUCUUUACUAAGCAGGAAUUAGAUGCGCUUGAUAGUGAAGAGGUAGAUGCUAAUGAUGAUGAAGACGAUGAGUAUCAGACCGUUCACAUGCCUCAGUAGAGGUCAAAGGUAAUUUGAGGGUCCAUCAAAAAGCAUAUUGAAUUUUUGCUGCCAUUAACAGUACAUAAGAUAUCCUUCCAUGGGAUUUCUUUUAAGAAAUUAAAUGCCAUUGACCAUUGUAAAUCAACAGAUGUUAAAGAUUCAGAGGUUGUGUGAGGUUUAAAGGUCAUAAUAACCUUUGUAACGUCAUUUGUAAGCAGGUGGUGUAUCAAGAUAGAUUUGUACUAUCAAGAGCUUCAUGUCUACAACUGCCUUCUAGUCUUUUCCAUGAAGAAGAUAUUUUGAUUGUUUGAGGAUUUAUAACGUUAAAAAUUUUGAGAAAAUGAAUGUUUGCUUGAGAUGAAUCAAUGGAGUUGUGAUGAUAGUGAUAGCAUGGAGGAUACAUUCUCAAGGACUUUAAUGUAUAUGAAUAAAUGAACAAUUUAUGAAACAGUAUUUUUAAUCUUUUUAAUAAUUACAUCAAAAUAUGCCGUCCAAUAGUCUUCACGGACAUAUAAGCUGUUACAAAGUCACUUAAUGAUGUACGUAUUUUAAAUUUAUGAUUUUUAAGGGCAUAUUCAUGGCAUUUAGUAAAAUAUAAUAUAUGAUGUGCUGGUACCUUGUACAAAGAAAAAUAUAUUUCUCUUCAUCUUGACAUAAAACGUAGCAAACCACAAAAUAAAUAUAUUGUAAAUGUAUGUAGUACAUAUGAUUUCUUGGCAGUAUUGUUUGUGAAAAAUUGAUAUCUGUUUCAUAUCACAUUUCAACCAAAUAAUUGUGCAAGAAAACCCCAAACCUCCAAUCAUCUACCGUCUUCAAAACAGGGUCUUACAAACAAUUUUAUCACGGAAGGAAAGCCAUAUCCAUGCAGCAUUUCACUGUUGCAGAUAUCACUUUGCUUGACCAUACUAUCUAUUGAGAGACAAAGAGAUAUAAUUCUCUCGUGAUUUGGUUUAUCACCCUUUUGGUGCCAAAGAGAUGAUAUGUAUUGUGUGAGGAGAAUUCCUCUCCAGCCCUCUGUUGAUGGUGAAGUCUGGACCAUCCAAAUAAAAUUACCCUAUGAUAAGUCUACAGACCAUCAAACCUAAAUACUGAUUGGUAUAAGCCUGUCGAUUUUGUUACAGUCUUUAGAAGCACAAUCUGAUUCAAUAAAGACUUGUCCGACAGAAUUGUUUCAUUUCGAUAUUCAUGUUUGAUUACAUAUCAAGCUGCGUUUCAGUGUUUGUAUAUUCUCGCACAAACUCCUAGUAUCAGGCUUUGAUAAUAGUUACAUGAUAUACGGUAUAUCUAUGUAUGCUUUGUAACAAUUCUGUAUUAUGAAUUACUACUUGUGACCGGAAAUGUGCAUACAGAACAGUAUUAUUCAUAAAUCUUCAACUCUUUCUUUUUAGUACUUCUUUUCUACUCAGUCUUCAGUACUACGCAAUUCAAAUAUUAAAAUUAAAAGAGCAUUAGGUUCGUACAGAGGCUUGAAUAAAAAAAAGUAGAGUAAAUGUAACAAAAUGUGGGUUUUUUUUUUCUUUGCAUAUAUUGUAUUUUAAAAGUGAUGAAAUAAUGCUUAUGUAGCAAAGUAAUCUUUCUUAAAACAUUCACACUUUGAAUGAAAUUUUGUCCCAAAUUUCUUUGUUAUUUGUUAAAACAAUGAUGACUUAAAAGUAUAAAGAAACCUUAAUGAUGUGGAAGCUAUUAUUCAUUUUACUGGAUUUUACAAUCUCACCAGAAUACUCAUUAAGCAAUGUUAAGAUAAAACAAAUUACUUACAGUGAGUGUAUAUAUGUCAUUGCUUGCUUUCUUUCCACUGAAAUUAUAAUGUUUGUAGAAGCCUUUUCUCUAGAAAACUUUUUUUAAGUGUGAAAUUUUGCAAAUUUAUAAUUUGAUUUGUGACAGUGUGUUUAAGUAGUAUUUUUUGUUGAUAAAUAUUUUCAUUUAUUUUUUUUCUACAGACUCCCAAUAAAACAUUGUUCAAAAGGUGCUUUCAUUAAAUAAAUUUAUUUGAUUUCAUGUAUAUAUAAUUCAAAUUAUUUUUGUAUCUAUUAAUUUACUGAAGCUUGUAAAUUAUAUAUUUAUUGAUAUUUUACGCAACUAUCUUUCACUUAUUGUUUUCAUUGUGAGUUGACCUAAUAGUUUAUGAUAAAUUAAAAAUGUUAGUCGCAAAAUUUAAAAUGCUUUAACACCUAGUGCUUAAAACUGAAAUAGGGAUUUGAAAUGAAUUCAAUAUACAUAAAAUUGAACAAACAGGACUGAAUUACUGAAUAUUUGCUGAAAUUUCAUUAUUAGUAUUAUCUUUAUGUCAAUAUUUUAUUUCAUCACAUAACCCCAUUUUUCCUUUCCAAUAUGUUUGUAGAUUUAUGUUUGUUGCACUACAAUUUUUUUUUCAUACUACACUACAUCAUAUUUGUGUUGAAAUGUGAGGAUACUAAAGUAGGCCUGUACAUACAUAUAUACACAAAAAAAAAUUUGCUAAAAUUUGCAUCGUGACAUUAACUGAUUUUGUUUGUUCUUAUUUUUUUAGUUGACCUGAUUCACAUGUCUUCUAACAUUAGAAAACAUUAUGUAUAUAUUGCAAUGAAGUCUUUUGAGGCUAAAUGUGACAUAGACACAUAUAGAGCAUUUCUAAAAUGAGACCACUUUACGUGUAUCUAUAAUGGUCACAUUUUCUGUCUGCUUUGAACUGCCAUAAUAGAGAAGUUUGACAAAUCCUUGACUUUUAGUAUACUAUGGUUCUUUGAAGGCAUUUGGGAUGUAAAAUAUUUUGAUAGGAUAUAAAAGGGGAUUUAAAAGAGGUAUAAUGGUUUGUGUGUGAUAAACAGGAUGCCAAAUUAGAGGAAGCAUUGUUUGAAUAGAGCAGAACUUUAAAUUAAAUUUAAUCUUAUUUAUGAAAAUGUACUACUCUACAAUAUUUAUGUUAAUAAAUGUAUAUAGGAGCUCUCAUCUUGCUUUUCAUGUCCAUGAGAAAAAUACAUCUUUUAAAAUUGGAAUUGUUUGUUUAGUAAUGCAUAGUUUCUUUUAUUGGAUGCCAUCUUAUUUUUUUUCUAGCUCUAAUUACUCAGAAUAAUGUGCGACAUUUUCUGGAAGAACAAUCUAAAAUAUCUGCUUGAUCUUUAAUUAUGUCUAUGUUGAUAUUAUGCAUACAUUUGAAAUAAUGCGAUUCUAUAGAUGCUAUUUUUGUAUAUUAAAGAUUGUAAUAUUCUAUAUUUCAUUUAUUGAUGCAAGCAGUAUAUUGUUUUGUUUACAAAUUCAAAUUGCUUGAUCGGAGUUUGGUUUGGGAAAUUUCAUAAAUUGUUCGCAAUAAAGGUGUUUGUAUGUGCUUUUUUUUUUUUUUUUGCACAAGAUUAUUAAAUGAAAUGGAAAAUA